UGCUGAAGCAAGAUGGCAGUGCGCUAGAGGCGCGAAAAAACGGCCGAUAAACUGAGGGGACUACGGGAAAGUGCUUUAUGCGAACAUUUUCUGUCAGUUCGUCUGUUAAUUCACGCGUUUAUUGUCCAGAAGCUGUAGUUAUGGCUGUGUGUUGAGUGAAGGCGACUGAAUUCAAUCACAGCACGUAAACGGACUGUCCCGUUCCGGCGGAGCGCGGCUGCCGGAGGUCGACGCGACGCGGCGCGAUGUCUCUGCUGUGCGUCGGGGUGAAGAAGGCCAAAUAUGAUGGACCCCAGGAGAAAUUCAACACAUAUGUGACUUUGAAGGUUCAGAAUGUAAAAAGUACAACCAUCGCUGUACGAGGCAGCCAGCCCAGCUGGGAGCAAGAUUUCAUGUUUGAGAUAAAUCGCCUGGAUCUGGGCCUCACGGUGGAGGUGUGGAAUAAAGGACUGAUUUGGGACACCAUGGUCGGCUACGUUUGGAUCCCACUGCGGAGUAUUCGUCAGUCGAACGAGGAAGGACCGGGCGAAUGGCUGACUCUAGAUUCUCAGGUCAUAAUGGCGGAUAAUGAAAUCUGUGGCACCAAAGAUCCAACAUUCCACCGUUUGCUUCUGGACACGCGCUUCGAGUUGCCGCUGGACAUUCCAGAAGAAGAGGCUCGAUACUGGGCAAAAAAACUGGAGCAGCUCAAUGCCAUGCGAGACCAGGAUUACUCCUAUCAGGAGGUUCAGGAGAGGCCGCUGUCUGUACCGGGAACACAGUGCUGUAACUGGUGGGGCGACCAGCAGAACAAUGAUCCAGACAGCGCGAUGGAUGACCGAGACAGUGAUUACCGCAGUGAGACCAGUAACAGUAUCCCACCACCGUUUUACACCACGUCUCAACCCAAUGCCUCGGUCCACCAGUAUCCCAUGAGCCACCAGAACCGCAGUCCCCGCACCCCCUACUCACGCUCCAUCAACAACUGCGACCUUGAUUACGAUCACCCGAGAGGCGCCAGCCCAACCGGGAGCUACGCAUCCUCAGCCGAGCUCAGUCGCUGUAGUUCUCAACUAAGCGAAGAGUACGGCGAGCGAGAACUUUAUGACGAGAACGACUCGUACCACUCCUGCCACUCAUCUGUGUCCUACAGCAAGGGCUCCCCUGACUGGGACGAGACGCAGGGGGCGUACAGCGACGAAUGCGCUUACAGUAAAGACGGAGGAGAAGAAGGUGCUCUCUAUGAGGAAGAAGAUGGAGACCUGUAUCCAGAGGAGGUGGACAUGUACGAGGGCGAGGAGGACUUUAACUAUGAGGAGGAAGAUUUGUAUCCGCUGGAUGAGGACCAAGAGCUUCCGUUCACCCCUACUCCAACCAGCACCGCCCCAGCGGUGGACGUCCCAUCCACCACCAGACCUCCUUUGGAGAAACAGUCCUCGCUUCACCAACAGACUCAAAAUGCCAGCCAACCUCCAGUUCAACUGUCCAAUCAGACGCAACCUCAGCCUCCAGCCAAACCCCUAAACCAGCAAGUUCCCGCCCCCCAAAAACAACCACCACCCCAACAGCAGUCCUCAGGCCCGAUUCCUUCAGUUCAGUCCUUCUUCGCCAUGGCCAAGCCAUUGACUGCCGUGUUUGGGUUGGGUGGAUCUACUCCUUCACCGCCACCUCCUGCACCAACGACUCAAUCCCAACCUCCACCUCAACCCGUCCCAACACAAUCCCAGCCUCCAAUGGCUCAACCUCCUGCUCCUGUUGCCCAACAGAUGCCUCCACCUACGACCAAAUCCCCUGAGCUUCCCACUCCUGCCCCAACAACCAUCUCCCAACCUCCUGCACCAGAACCUAAACCUCCAACCCCGACAGAGGAGAAACUGCCCACGGAAGAGCCGCCAAUAGAGGAGGAACCUCCACUUCAAGAAGACGACUUUCACAUGGAAGAACCUCUAGACGAGGAAAUGAAGAUUGAGAGUCCACCUCCAUCUCCUCCUUUCGAAGAGGAGGAACCGGUACCUGAACCAGAGAGUGAACCGGUAAUAGAGGAGCCGAAGGAGCCGGUGGACCCGGCGGUCAGAGCUAAACAGAACUGGCUACGACUCUUUGAGAAAGUUCGACAACAGCUGCAGGAGGCACGAGGAGAGUCAGACUCUCAAUCGCUGUGGUUUGGUAAAGGAGGGAUGGGUGGAGCGCUGUACAGCAUUGACAGCAUGCCUGAUCUGAGGAAGAGGAAGACCAUUCCUCUAGUCAGAGAUCUGGCUAUGUCUCUAGUGCAAAACUCGCGUAAGGCUGGCAUUACGUCUGCUAUGGCCUCUAGUACACUCAACAAUGAGGAGCUGAAGAGUCACGUAUAUAAGAAGACACUGCAGGCUCUGAUCUACCCAAUCUCCUGCACCACGCCGCACAACUUCGAGGUGUGGACGGCCACGACGCCCACCUACUGCUACGAGUGCGAGGGUCUGCUGUGGGGCAUCGCGCGACAGGGCAUGCGCUGCUCUGAGUGCGGCGUCAAAUGUCACGAGAAGUGCCAGGACCUGCUCAACGCCGACUGCCUGCAGAGAGCCGCUGAGAAGAGCUCGAAACACGGCGCUGAAGACCGAACGCAGAACAUCAUCAUGGUUCUGAAGGAUCGCAUGAAGAUUCGCGAGCGCAACAAACCUGAGAUCUUCGAGCUGAUCCAGGAAGUGUUUGAUGUUCCCAAACCGAGCCAUGGGACGCAAAUGAAACAAAUCAAGCAAAGCGUUCUGGACGGGACGUCGAAGUGGUCGGCCAAAAUCAGCAUCACAGUGGUUUGCGCUCAGGGUUUGCAGGCGAAGGAUAAGACGGGUUCGAGUGACCCGUACGUCACGGUACAGGUGGGCAAAACCAAGAAGAGAACCAAGACCAUCUACGGCAAUCUCAAUCCCAUCUGGGAUGAGAGCUUUCACUUUGAGUGUCAUAACUCUUCAGACCGGAUAAAGGUGCGCGUGUGGGACGAGGACGACGAUAUCAAGUCUCGAGUUAAGCAGCGUUUCAAGCGGGAGUCUGAUGAUUUCCUGGGACAGACCAUCAUUGAAGUGCGAACGCUGAGUGGAGAAAUGGAUGUCUGGUACAACCUCGACAAGCGCACGGAUAAGUCUGCAGUAUCUGGAGCGAUCCGCAUGCACAUCAGUGUGGAGAUCAAAGGAGAGGAGACCGUGGCUCCGUAUCACGUUCAGUACACCUGCCUGCAUGAGCACAUCUUCCACUACACCACAGAGAAGCAGAACAGCGGUGUGGUGAAGAUCCCUGAUGCCAAAGGCGAUGACGCCUGGAAAGUGUAUUUUGAUGAGACGGCGCAGGAGAUUGUGGACGAGUUUGCCAUGAGAUACGGAGUGGAAUCGAUUUAUCAGGCCAUGACGCAUUUCGCAUGUCUGUCAUCGAAGUACAUGUGUCCCGGUGUUCCUGCGGUCAUGAGCACACUGCUGGCCAACAUCAACGCUUACUACGCCCACACCACACAAUCCUCCAACAACGUCUCUGCCUCCGACCGCUUCGCUGCCUCCAACUUUGGGAAAGAACGGUUUGUGAAGCUGUUGGAUCAGCUGCACAACUCCCUGAGGAUAGACCUCUCUAUGUACAGGAAUAAUUUUCCAGCCAGCAGUCCUGAGAGGCUGCAGGAUCUGAAGUCCACUGUAGAUCUUCUGACCAGCAUCACUUUCUUCAGAAUGAAGGUCCAGGAGCUGCAGAGUCCACCGAGAGCGAGUCAGGUUGUUAAAGACUGUGUGAAAGCGUGUCUCAACUCAACGUACGAGUACAUCUUUAAUAACUGCCAUGAGCUCUACAGCCGAGAAUACCAAAAUGACCCAUCGAAGACUGUUCCUCCUGAAGAACAGGGGCCGAGUACUAAGAACCUGGACUUCUGGUCCAAACUCAUCACACUCAUUGUUUCCAUUAUUGAGGAGGACAAGAAUUCCUACACACCCUGCUUGAACCAGUUCCCUCAGGAGCUGAACGUGGGAAAGAUCAGUGCGGAGGUGAUGUGGAACAUGUUUGCUCAGGAUAUGAAGUACGCGAUGGAAGAACAUGAGAAACACAGGCUGUGCAAGAGCGCCGAUUACAUGAACCUGCACUUCAAGGUGAAGUGGCUCUACAACGAAUACUGCAAGGAGCUGCCGUAUUUCCAGGACCGUGUGCCGGAGUAUCCAGCAUGGUUUGAGCCAUUCGUGAUCCUGUGGCUGGAUGAGAAUGAGGAGGUUUCCAGAGAUUUCCUGCACGGCGCUCUGGUCAGGGACGCAAAGGACGGGUUCCAGCAGACGUCGGAGCACGCGCUCUUCUCCUGUUCGGUGGUGGACGUCUUUUCCCAGCUCAACCAGAGUUUUGAGAUCAUCAGGAAGUUGGAGUGUCCUGAUCCUCAGAUCGUUGGGAAUUACAUGAAGAGGUUUGCUAAGACCAUUGGAAAUGUUCUUCUGUCUUAUGCCGACAUCAUUGCCAAGGAUUUUCCCACUCACUGCAAGAAGGAGAAAGUGCCUUGCAUCAUUAUUAAUAAUAUCCAGCAGCUGCGAGUCCAGCUGGAGAAGAUGUUUGAGGCCAUGGGAGGCAAAGAUUUAAAUGUAGAGGCCAGUGACUUUCUGAAGGAUCUACAAGUCAAGCUGAACAAUGUGAUGGAUGAUCUCAGCAGGAUUUUCGCCGUGAGUUUCCAGCCACAAAUCGAGGAGAACGUGAGGCAGAUGGGAGAUAUUCUCAGUCAGGUGAAAGGAGCAAAUGUACCUGCUAAUGGCAAUGGCAACUUAGCACAGGAUGCUGACAACGUCCUGCAGCCCAUCAUGGACUUCCUGGACAGCAAUUUGAGUCUGUUUGCUAAGAUCUGUGAGAAGACGGUUCUCAAGAGGGUGCUGAAGGAGCUGUGGAAGCUGGUGAUGAACACCAUGGAGAAAACCAUCGUCCUGCCACCGCUGACCGACCAAACGGGCACACAGCUCAUCUUUAAUGCUGCUAAAGAGUUGGGUCAGCUCUCCAAACUAAAGGAGCACAUGGUGCGAGAGGAGGCCAAAGCGCUGUCCCCUAAACAGUGUGCAGUCAUCGAGCUCGCGCUGGACACUAUUAAGCAAUACUUCCAUGCGGGCGGUGUGGGUCUGAAGAAGACGUUUUUGGAGAAGAGUCCGGACCUGCAGUCUCUGCGCUAUGCACUGUCUCUCUACACGCAGGCCACUGACAAACUCAUCAGGAAGUUUGUCCAGUCGCAGCACACUCAGGUUCAUGGCGGUAAAGGCGUGCGGUACACUAACAGUGAAGACGUUUAUCCAGAGAAGGGCUCAGGUGUGGAUGACGCGGUGGGUGAGGUUUGUAUGACUGUGGAGAUCUUCAGCGACCCAAACACAGGAGGACACAAGAUCACAGUUAAAGUGGUGGCGGCCAAUGACAUUCGCUGGCAGACGCAGGGAAUAUUCCGGCCCUUCGUGGAGGUUUACAUCAUCGGGCCGCACCUCAGUGACAAGAAGAGGAAGUUUGCCACCAAAUCCAAGAACAACAGCUGGUCGCCCAAGUUUGCCGAAUCCUUCCAGUUUGUGCUCGGCAGCGAGCUGGGUCCCGAGGGUUACGAGCUGCAGGUGUGCGUGAAGGACUACUGUUUCGCGCGUGAGGACCGGACCGUGGGCAUGGCCGUCCUGCAGCUGAAGGAGCUGGCGUCCCGCAGCAGCGCCGCCUGCUGGAUGCCGCUGGGCAAACGCAUCCACAUGGACGAGACGGGCCUCACCGUCCUCCGCAUCCUCUCGCAGCGCAACAACGACGAGGUCGCCAAAGAGUUCGUCAAGCUGAAGUCGGACCAGCGCUCGGCCGAGGAGGGCAGGGGAAGCUGAAGCCACGAGACUCAGGUGUAAAAGCACCGAAAGAAAGCAAUGGAACUGUCCGACAGCACACAGCUGCAAAACACAGACACACACGCACGCAUAGAAACAUGCAACGCAUUUCUGCACAGACGAAAGCAAUCCGACGUGAUUCAAGCAAAAUAAUGAUGUCAACAUAAACCCCUGACAAAUAAUAUCUCGACAUGAAAUGAGCAUCGACCCCGUUUACUUCCAUCAAUUCUUGAUGGAUAAAUCAAGUUUUAGUUAUUUAUUAGUGUUUUUGACAUUUUUAUUAGUUUUUAAAUGUCUAUAUAGUUUUUAUUUUACUUUUGUAUUUUCAUUUUAAUUUUUUUAUUUUUAAUUUAAUACAUGUCUCUAUAGUUUUUAUUAAUUUUAUUUCAGUUUUAUUGUAACUUGAUGUACUAAAAUAAUCAAAAUAAAACUGAAAUAAAAUUACUAAAAAACUACACAGACAUUUAAAAAAACUAAUACAAAUUACAAAACAAAAUUAACUAAAAUUUAAAUGAAAACAUAAUAAAUAAAUAAAAUCUAAUUUAAAAAUAUUAGCAGUAUUAAAAAUUCAAAAAUAUUAAUUAGUUGCUUUGGCAACUAGCUGAAAUAAAAUAAGUAAUGAUUUUUACAAAUAUUUAAAUAAAAAUGUAUUUUAUUUAUAUUUUGAUAUUUUUUUAUUUUGUUUUCAUUUUAAUUUUGCUUUGUUUUUUUGUAAUUUUUUUAAUCUUUAUAUCGUUUUUGUUUUUUUGUUUUUUAUUAAUUUUUAGUUUCAGUUAUUUUUAGUACAUCAAGUUAGUUAAAUAUAAAUGUUCAUUUGCAAAACUCCUGCCUUUUUUCUCAUUAAAAAUCCUGUUUUCACUCAGAUAUAUGUCAUAUUAUAGAGGCAAAUUGGGUAUAGAAAUGCUCUUUCAUGUUGAUUAUAAUAUUCUCACACAUCCUUGGUUGAGAAGAUUGUAGAUUUAAUUCUACACACUUUGUUUUGCACUUCAGGGGCCGCGUUUAAGUUUCACAGACAGCCCUAACUUUUAGCACAAUGCUGGUUUAAUGUUACGCCAUCUCUGAUUGGUGCGUAACAUGUUUCCCGACCAAUCAAAGAUCACGAUACUCCUGAAGGCUGCAUUCACGUCAAAUCGAACUAUAGACGUUCACAUGGAAGAUGAAUCUUUUGAGUCUGAACGUACUUGUCUUGAAAUGUGUUAGAGCUGCACAAUAAAUCAAAUUACAACCGCUUUUGCCAACAAAGGUGUUAAGGACUUCCUGUGAUUUUCUGCCAAAAUAAAAGAAUAUUUUAUUUUAUUUUUAUUUAUUUUUUUUAUUUAUUUAUUUUUUUUUUACAAAAAAAUGCAAAAUAUUACAAAAAAAAACGUAUUAUUUUGAAUUCUUUUUUCAUACAUAAACACACAAUGUAUUUAACAUAUAUUGUUUUGUGACUAUCAAAAUGAUUAUAAAAGUUUUUUUUAAUAUUAUAUUAUAUUAUAUUAUAUUAUAUUAUAGUCAUUUUUAUACAUAUAUUC